UGUGACGAAAGAGACAGAAAGAUCCACCAAUUCGAAAUCCCACAUUCAGACUCAGACUCUUCCUUCCUAACCCACCUUUUUUUGUCUUCCUCCGACUCCUUUUUUAGCCGGAAUUCUUUUUCGCCGGCAACAUGGUCUCCCCGGAAAACACCAACUGGCUCUACGAUUACGGCCUCAUCGACGACGCCACCUUCCCCAUCUCCUCCUCCGCCUUCAACUGGCCCGUCCAGCCCCUCCCCGGCUCCUCCACCGUCAGUGUUGAACUUGAUGGCUCAUUGGGGGAUGUUGAGGGAUUUAGGGAAUCUGGCUCAAAGAAGAGGGUUAGAUCUGAAUCAUCCUGUGCAACUAGCUCCAAGGCAUGUAGGGAGAAGUUGCGAAGGGAUAGGCUGAAUGACAAGUUUGUGGAAUUGGGCACUAUAUUGGAGCCUGGAAGGCCACCUAAGACUGACAAGGCUGCUAUUUUGAUUGAUGCUGUCCGAAUGGUGAAUCAAUUACGUGGUGAAGCCCAGAAGUUGAAGGAUUCAAAUUCUAGCCUCCAGGAGAAGAUCAAGGAACUGAAGACAGAAAAGACUGAACUCCGUGAUGAGAAGCAGAGGCUGAAGUCAGAGAAAGAAAAAUUGGAGCAGCAACUGAAGGCCAUGACUGCACCACCGAGCUUCUUGCCAGCCCCUCCUGCGAUGCCUGCUGCAUUUGCUGCUCAAGGCCAAGCCCAUGGCAACAAGAUGGUGCCUUUCAUUGGUUACCCUGGGGUGGCAAUGUGGCAGUUCAUGCCACCUGCUGCUGUGGAUACAUCCCAGGAUCAUGUACUUCGCCCACCAGUUGCUUAAGUUUACGGCUGGUAUUCAUACAAGCAAUUUGGCAUAUCAUUCUAUCCCGAACUGAGUGUAUUGUCUCGUUAUUGUCCUUGUGUCGUGUCUUGUUCAUUUUUAAGUUUCUACUGUCUUAACUGAAUUUGGUGGGUGACCUGACUGUAUCUCCAACUUGAAUACUUCUAUGAAUUGAUGCUGGUAUUUACUUGUA